GUCAAAGCCGUGGCUCUGAAGGAGUUCAACUACACCUACCCAGAGGCGGCGGUCAACACGUUUGUGGCAUCAUUCUACGAGGCUGUGAUGUUGUACGCCUACGCACUGAACGACACUCUCGAACAGGGAUACGAGAUCAGUAACGGCUCGGCGGUCACGCAUGCCAUGUGGAAUCGCACCUUUCCCGGUAUCACUGGAAACGUUUCCAUUGACGGAAACGGUGACCGUCAGGCCGACUAUUCUCUCCUUGACAUGGACCCGGAAACGGGCAACUUUGAGGUGGUGGCAAAUUAUUACGGCGAUACCCAGCAGCUGACGAUGAAGGAGAACAGGUCGAUCACGUGGUCGGGAGGACGCACCAGCCCGCCUCCCGAUAAACCCGUCUGCGGAUUCGACGGCUCACUUUGUCCGGACACAGCGUUUCCGAAGUACGCCAUCGUGAGCAUCGUGCUGAGUGGCGUCAUGGUCAUCAUGCUCAUCACCUCACUCUUCAUGUACCGGUGAGACAUU